UUCUCUUGACCAGCUGAAUUUUUUCCAGUUUAUUCCUGCGGAGCCGAGAGACACGAGAUGGAUAACCUUCCAGAAGAUGCCCCCCUGGACAGAGGGAGUGUGGCAGGCAGUGAAGAGGCCCUUGUUGGCCGUGUGAGCCCCAGAAGAGGCUCCAACAGUCGUGCUUUUAAGGUGGCAGGACUGACGACGCUGGCAUGUUUGCUGCUGGCCAGUCAGGUUUUCACCGCCUACAUGUUGUUGGGCCAGAAGCAGGAAAUCCACUCUCUGCAGAAGAACUCAGAGAAAAUGGCCAAACAGCUGACCCGCUCAUCUCAGGCUUCAUCUGCAGUCCGCGUGCCCAUGAACAGCCUGCCGCUGAUGGAUCUCACUAUGACUAAUGACGACGACUCUGCACCCAGCAAGACUCCACUGACAAAACUUGAGGACACUGCUGUUGUCAGUGUGGAGAAGCAGCUGACUGACUUCUUGCAGGAGGUCCAGCUGCCGCAGUUCAAUGAGACCCUCUCUGCCAACUUGCAGGGCCUGAAGGGGAUGAUGAAUGAAAGCGAUUGGAAGAGCUUUGAGUCCUGGAUGCGUCACUGGUUGAUCUUCCAGAUGGCCCAGCAGAAGCCUGUGACCCACACAUCUGUGCCAGCCCCUGCAAUUCAGACCAAAUGCCAGAUGGAGGCUUCCUCUGGUCAUGGGAAGAUUGGGUCCUACAGGCCCCAGUGUGAUCAGAAGGGCAAGUACUUGCCCAUGCAGUGCUGGCUGCCCACCGGCUACUGCUGGUGUGUGGAUGAGAAUGGCAACGCCAUUGAGGGCACCAGCAUUCGAGGCCACCCCGACUGCCGCCGAGGUCGUGCUCGCAUGAUGUUUGCACCCAGGAUGAUGGCGAAGACCAUCAGCAAUGCUGAUGAGUGAAGCAAAUGAAGUCUGAAGCAAAUGCGUUUUCCUCAAGUAGUCAGAGCAAGACAUGAGAAAUCAUUUGUAUUAAGCUGGGUGCAGCCCUAUAAUAUUGGUUUUAUGCCCUUUUCUCUCCAGUAUAACUUCUUGAUUUUAACUACUUUGCUUGAAAUCAAAGGCCUGUUACGGUGUGCUGAUUUUAAUCUUCAUGUACGUAUUUACAAUGGUGACAUUUUGACUCCCAUAUUCAUAAUCUAUAGUAUUAAGCGUUAGACUGUUCGUUUUUGUAGAAUGCUUAAAAGGGUUGGUUCACAGAAAAUCACAAAACAUUCCCUCACUUUGCCGUGCGCGCAUCUAGACGCGGAGAUACUCGGUUGAUAAAUGGCCGUUGUCAAGACUCUUAAGAAAAGCCGUCUCCUGGUACGCUGAUAAUCCACGGACAUUUUCAAAUAAAUAAAUAAAUAAAUGAAUACAUUUGUUCCAUUUGACACUAUUGUGUAGUUUGGCGUCAUUCAGAGUAAUUACAUUGUCUCUCAAAGAUGUUGCUUUUGAAUUUAUUGUUUUGGGCACCACAUUCAAAUGAAACCAACACUGUCUGAAUAGAUAUUAAACAGGUUCAGCGGAUUUGAUUUUGAAAGUCGGUGAAUCAACCCUUAAAGUAACGCGCACGUAUGAGAAAGUGACUUUUCUAUCAAGGUGUUUGUGUUAAGAGGGAUAAAUAAUAAAGAUUUCCCAACAACACUGUUCUCAUUUUAAUACAUUUGUCAUGUUAAUGCUUGUUGAACUCUUUGGAUCAAACGAGGCCUGAAUAAAAUUAAACCUGAUAAGCCG